AUGACUUUGAACAAUACAACUAAGGGUUAUACCAAUGAAUUAAGUAAGAGCUUAACUUUGAACAAUACAACCAAGAGUUAUAUCAAUGAGUUAAGUAAGAACAUGACUCUGAACAAUACAACCAAGGGUUAUACCAAUGAAUUAAGUAAGAACAUGACUUUGAACAAUACAACCAAGGGUUAUACCAAUGAACAGUUAAGUAAGAACAUGACUUUGAACAAUACAACCAAGGGUCAUAUCAAUGAGUUAAGUAAGAACAUGACUUUGAACAAUACAACCAAGGGUUAUACCAAUGAAUUAAGUAAGAACAUGACUUUGAACAAUACAACCAAGGGUUAUAUCAAUGAGUUAAGUAAGAACAUGACUUUGAACAAUACAACUAAGGGUUAUACCAAUGAAUUAAGUAAGAGCUUAACUUUGAACAAUACAACCAAGGGUUAUACCAAUGAAUUAAGUAAGAACAUGACUUUGAACAAUACAACCAAGGGUUAUACCAAUGAAUUAAGUAAGAACAUGACUUUGAACAAUACAACCCAUUGA